CGACGCGUCGUCUCGCCGGCCGGCUCUCUCGCACGCCCAUUCUCAGCGCGUCCGUCGCCCGCACCGCACCGACCUACACGCAACAUGACGGAGAGCAACGACACCCCCGCGGCCGCCGCGCCCGAGAAGACCCCGACCGAGAACGGCACCACUGAGACCCCGCCCGAGGAGACCCCCGAGAAGCCCACUGAGGAAAAGGAGAAGGAGACACCGCCGCCGAAGGAGAUGCGCGCCGUCGUCCUCACCGGCUUCGGCGGCCUCAAGACUGUCAAAAUCCUGAAGAAGCCGGAGCCCACAAUCGGCGAAGGCGAGGUCCUCAUUCGCGUCAAAGCCUGUGGGCUGAACUUCCAAGACCUGAUCGUACGACAGGGCGCCAUCGACUCGCCGCCCAAGACGCCCUUCAUCCUCGGCUUCGAGUGCGCCGGAGAGAUCGAGCAGGUCGGAGAGGGCGUCAGCAACUUUAAGGUUGGCGACCAGGUGGUAGCUCUGCCGGAGUACAAAGCAUGGGCGGAGCUGGUGUCAGUGCCGGCGCAGUACGUGUACGCACUGCCUGCCGGCAUGUCCGCCUUGGACGCCGUGGCUGUCACCACCAACUACGUCGUCGCGUACCUGCUGCUGUUCGAGAUGGCCAACCUGACCCCUGGCAAGAGCCUCCUCGUUCACUCUGCUGGAGGCGGCGUGGGACAAGCUGUAGCCCAACUGGCGAAGACAGUGAGCGACGUGACGGUGUUCGGCGUGUGCUCCAAGAGCAAGCACGAGGCGCUGAAGGCCAACAACAACAACAUCGACCACCUGCUCGAGCGCGGCAGCGACUACACCAGCGAAGUCAGAAAGAUCUCCCCCGAUGGCGUGGACAUCGUGCUGGACUGUCUUUGCGGCGAGGAGUGCAACCGAGGAUACUCUCUGCUGAAGCCCAUGGGCCGAUACAUCCUUUAUGGAUCAUCUAACAUCGUGACUGGGGAGACGAAGAGUUUCUUCAGCGCCGCGCGUGCUUGGUGGCAAGUGGACAAGGUGUCUCCGAUCAAGUUGUUUGACGAGAACAAGAGCCUGGCCGGCCUGAACCUGCGGCACCUGCUGUUCCAACAAGGGCGCGUUGACUACGUGCGUCGCGCCGUCGACCAUGUCUUCUCGCUGUGGGGCGAGGGCAAGGUCAAGCCGCUGGUUGACUCCACCUGGGCGCUUGAGGACGUCGGUGAGGCGAUGCAAAAGAUGCACGACCGCAAGAACAUCGGCAAGUUGGUGUUGGACCCGUCCCUGGAGCCGAAGCCGAAGCCCGCCACCCCGGCCAAGGGCAAGUCGGGCAAAGACAAGAAACCAGCCAAAGAGAACUCCGAGGACAAGAAGGAUAAGGAAGCCAAGGAGGAAGAUAAGAAGCCAGCCGAGAACGGAGACAAGAAUGGUGAGGAGCCCAUCAGUAACGGUAACAGCGACGAAGAGUCCAAGGAGAAAGAGAAGGAGUCUAGCUGAAUUGUUUCCGCCGAGAAGUGAACCAGACAAACCACCGCAAUUGAUUAAUUUUAGUCGUCGCUCGAGCCCGCGCCGGCGCCGCGCCGACGUCGGCGCCGCUGCCACAAUAUGUUGCCUCGUUCAUUGCGUUACACAAGCCUGAGUACGACCUCGUCCGAUCCCCGCCGGGCCCGCCAGUCCAGCUCUCCACCGGACACCCGGACUAGCGAGCUCGUAUGUGUGGCUCACAACCACGUUGCUACACCGCAACAUCGAACCCUGUCGUACCAAUUCUUAAUUAAGUUUUCCAACACAUCACAUUCUAUUAAGUUACAAAUUAAAUGGUAAUUCGAAAUACGACAGCGAAAUUAACAAUGAAUUGUAUUUUUGAUUCUUUUAUUAAUAAUUUUGGCCUAAGUUAAGAAUUGUUUCGAAACUUACAAGUCUUUUAUAGUUUAAUGUUUAAGACUUUAUUUUUAAGAUGAGAUAUUUUAAUCUGCAGUUAUUUUGAAUGGCUAUUAUAUAUCGUAAGGUGCAGAGAUGCUUAAUCUUUAUGUAUGUUAAGCUUUAAUAUUUUAUUAGUAAAUGUUUAAAAUUUGGCCCACGAGACCCCGCCCAGGCGCGCAGGCGCCCAUGCGCCCACGCCAGCGCCAGGCGCCCAGGCGCCCAGACCGCAGGCGCCGCGCCGCAUCUCUCCACACGUCUGCUCCACUCGAACUCCUGACAAUCUAACCUUACGUGUGAUAUUUUGUAGUAGAUAUGCUAGAUGUUUGUGCGGUAUUUUUAUGCUGCCUUUACAUGACAUUAUUUUUUUAGUUCGAGCUUAAAUGCAUUAUUUUGUAUUUUUUAUACUGUAGUUUUGUAAAUUAUUUUCUAGUUAAGAAAAGAGUUCACGGAAUUUAUUUUGAUGCACCGGUCAUUAUGUGGACUAUGGAAGACCCUCGGCCGCCCAACGGUAGGCGGCCGGACGAGCUUAGAGCAAACUGUGAACUAUUUUUGUGGCUACGUAUAAGCUCAUUAUCACCUUUGAUGUAAGUUAUAUUUUUAUAAACAAACUGUAACGACUCUUUAUAAUGCUUUUUAUGUAUCUUUACACAAAUAUCACAUAUCUAAUCAUACAUACACAAUCACACAAUGUAUAUUAGGAUAAUAUUUUGAUACCAAUAUUCACUGCAUUUCUUUUGAUAUGACUAUCAUUUAUAUUUAUCUACUCUUAAUUUUCGUAAGGUUGUAAGUAAUGAUUUAUCGCCAUGAUGUACAGUAUGGUUAUAGGUAUAUGUACCCAGUACUAUAUAAAUGUUUUAUCUGUAUUAACAUAUCAUGUGGAUGUACUAUGUGUACUGAGAGGCUGAUGCAGUCCGGAGCGCCGAGUCUCCGCCCUCCACACUCCACAUGCUGCUCAAGCGGCGCGCACGCAGCUUGGCUCCGACAACAGACUUGCUCGACAGACUGCUACCAUUUUUAUAAUCUUUUACCUUUAUACAACAUUUUGUACGAGCCCAUUCUGCGUGAGCGUGUUCAUAACGGUUGACUUGUAAAGCGUCCCAGUAGAGCCGUCUGCCUUCGGUUGUGAGGUACAGCAAGCAUCAGCGACCUGACUGCGUCCCACUAGCUAGCUUUUGUAGUGUAGCCACGAGCGGCAGCAGGCCGCGCUGGCAGGGCCGCUCACGCUGCUUCCUUUAUGUACGGUGGCUUGGUGCUAGUUCCCUAUUGUACGCGGAUACUACUCGCUUCAGUGUCUCGGACCAAUAUCUUAGUCUCCUUAUCAUUAAUCUUCUUCGCUUUGUGUGUCAAAUAUGUGCGAAUUUCUUGUAAUGUAAACAUUAUACUUACUUAUUGAAUUAAUUGUGUAUAUCGACCUGUAUAAUGGUUUAGAUUAUCUCUGAAUUUUCUCCUAAGAUAAAUUUUACUGAUGGAAAUCAACAGUGAUUCGCGAGGUGGGGUGACCGCGCUCAAGUUUGUGUCCAAAUUGUUGUAGGUUAGUAUCUAUGAUGCCAAUGUUUAUGCGCUGAGGUCCAACGUGAGGGUCGGCGCGGUCACGCCACGUCCGCUGCUAGGCUGGGUCGUUAUUGUAUUACACAUUUAUUUUUAUAAGGGCGGGCCAGUGUGAUAUCUAUACUAUGAAAUGGAUAAAUAAAUAUGUAUGAUCUGUAAAAAUGCUUA